UCCCCAUUGUUUACAAUGGAGCGAGAGAGAUUCGGACCGAGAAAGUGACGAUUACCCCAUUAAUUUGAGCGAGGAUGAAAGAUUCGUAGAUGAGGAACGUUACAGUGAAGGACUUGAGAGGCAGUGAUGGACGUAUCUUUUUUCGCUCUGACCGUAACUUAGAGUACGUUGUAAGCGGAGCUGAGUUUUGAUUGGUUGUUGGUUUAAAUGACAUGGAGUAUGAUGCUGCCCCACAGAUGAUUUAAAGACACGAGAAGACAUGAAGUUGGACAACAUUGCUGACAUAUGCAUGUCAUGAACUCGUCAUCCGGUGUAAACCAGGUGACGUUCCAAAUGUCACCUGCUAGAGUGCUGCUGUCCAUACUGCCAUGUCUCUUCUUCAUCUACAUCAACGGGGUCAUGCUGGUGACCCUGCUGAGAAAGCCUCACCUGCUGGAGUCUUCUCGCUACAUCCUCUUCGGCCACUUGCUCCUCACCGACACCCUCCAGCUGCUGCUCACCAUGCUGCUGUACAUCUUUGCCAUCACCAUAGUCACCAUGGUCAAUCACCUCUGCAUGCUGGUGGUGCAACUGGCGGCCAUCGCUUUGAAAACGUCCCCGCUAAACCUGGCCGUGAUGUCGCUGGAGCGCUACGUGGCCAUUUGUUUACCGCUCAGGCACGCCAACAUUGUCACCAUCAGGACAACGCGCAUCGCCAUCGUUGUCAUGUGGUCCAUGGCCUCCUUGGACUCCUUCGUCCAGCUGUUGCUCUUCGUCAGGCUGGAGAACAGCAGCUUCGUCAUGUCCCAAUACUGCAGUAGAAACGACGUGUGGCGACUGAAGAUUUACACCACCAUAGACACCAUCUUUACCAUACUUUAUUUUCUGAUAGUGGGCGUCAUUAUCUUCUAUACGUACAUCGCAAUCAUUUUUGCCGUCAGGUCAGCUUCCACAACUUUUCGGGAAGCCAGCAAGGCUCGGAAUACGGUGAUGCUUCAUAUGUUUCAGCUGUGUUUGUGUCUCACCUCCACACUCUUCAACAUGAUUUACACAGGCGGCCUGUUGAACUUAAAGCCCGACAUGGAGCUUCAUUUUCACUACGCUCUCUUCGUAGGCCUCAUUAUCUUCCCCAAAUUUCUCAGCCCGCUCAUAUACGGCCUCAGAGAUACUACAUUCACACACGAUUUCUGGUACCAUUUCACCUUUGGCUGCAAUGGCAACGUUCAGUCUUAAUCUUGAUUUUGAAACGUGUUAGUGUAAUGGCGAAAGAAGUGGAGGGGGACGCGGGGAUGUUGUACUUGAGCCCCAAGCACAGGGGUGGCUGGGCUUUUGUAAAGUUUGUACUAUUUUUGUUCAGUCAUUUAAAUAUGCAUGUUGUAAAAAAAAAAAAAAAAAGAUUUCAUAAUAUGUAGUAUAAAAUAAAUGUAGCCGUGGAAGUUAAAUAAUAAGGUUGUUUUAAUCAAAUUAAGAACGUCGGUGUAGGUAUACCCCUGCCAAACAUGAAAAAUAGUUCGUUCCACCUGAAGAGCGGCAAACCAAUUUCGGGAACACUUUGCUCAGAAACAUGUUUAAGUUUCUUCAGUGUAAUUUUCAUACUACUUAGGGGCUUCGUAUCAUACAGACUUAGAGUAUGCUGUUAAACUUUUAUGUCUACAAGGACAACUUAAUAUCCACAAAUCCAGAUUAGUUUCACAAAAAACUAAAUGUUGUUUUGUUUUAUUGUGAAAUAACAAAAAAUGAAAAGAAAAACAAAAAGGCCACCAAAACUUUCCAUAUUCUGAAAACUAUUUCAAUACAUUUUUUUUAAGUUAUCUAUAUUAUAUUUCAUAAUUGUUUUGUUUUAUUUUUUUAAGUGUUUCCUUUUUUUCCUCUUUCUUUUUAUGGUAGUAUUUAUGUCUUGUUUGGAAAUAUCUAGUGAAGUUAAUUUUCACAGUAUUUACAUAUUUUGGACAUUUUUUAUAAAAGAUUGUGUUUAUUUUUAUCAAAUCAAACGGUAUUUAGCACUGGUAAUGUGGCAAACACAAAGGUGCUUGGCACACAAAAAGAAAGAAGAGAAGAAAACGCACACGCACACGCACACGCACACACACACACACACACACACACACACACACACACACACACACACACACACACACAGCACUAUUAAUGAAAAACAAAACAUGGCAUGGCACUGAGGAUUGAGAACAAAACGCCGCCUUUAAGGUGUCCACACUGGAGAAUAACUAGAUUUAAUGCCAUCUAAAAAAAACUGUACAAAAUAUAUGAUACAAAAUAUGCAAAAAUUCAAUAUAAAUAAUAUAUUAAUAAGUUAAUAAAAUCAUAACGUUUAGAGAAUAAUAGUAUACUAACCGCAAUCAAUAAAUAGAAAAUUACACAAUAAAAAACAAAAAGACUUUAACAUAUCCGUAAAAAGCCUGAUUAUGUUCAUAUUAUUGCAGUUGUGAAAGAUGGUGUUUGUUUUGUAUGUGAAGCUGUGUAUCAUAUUCU